UUGCAUAGACCUCCUUAUUUUUUUAAAGAACAUUUAUAUUUUUGUUUUGAGAGAAAGCUUAUCAUUUAUAUAAUUAGAUAUAAAGUGGUAUGUAUGUAUAAAACAAAUAAAAAUUGAAAAUUACGUUACAAAUAUAAUAACAAGGUAUUAGGUGAGUUUCACAUUAUUAUGAUUUAGACAUAAAUAAAACAUUAUAACGAAUAAUGAAGUUAAAGUAAAAAAAAUGUUUUUAGUUAAAAGAUUAUUAUACUUCAAGACAUAAAAUAUUUUUUAUAGGUUAAUACGUUUAUUUUACAAUUACUUUAGGUUCUAUUUUAUAUGUAAUUAUUUUAGAUAUUUUUUCUAUAUUAUAAAACUAUGGUUCUUUAAUCAAGAGUUUUUAUAAAAAAUUUAAAAAAUUAUUGACUAAAAAUAUAUAUAUAUAUAUAUAUAAUAUUAUAUAUAUAUAAAAAUAUUAUGGGUCCAAAUAUUAUUUGUGAUACAGGGACGUCUUUUGUGGACAUUUUGAAGGAAGGUGGAGUCUUGCCUGGUAUUAAGGUUGACAAGGGCCGUGCCGUUGAGCUAGCUGGAACCAACAGUGAGACCAUCACACAGGGUCUUGAUGGUCUUGGCGAACGUUGCAAGAAGUACUACGAGGCGGGUGCUCGUUUUGCUAAGUGGCAUGCACUCCUUAAGAUUGGCCCGAACGAGCCAUCAGAGUUAGCCAUUCACGAGAACGCUUAUGGACUGGCUAGAUACGCGGCGAUUUGUCAAGAGAACGGUCUUGUACCCAUUGUGGAGCCUGAUGUUUCUGUUGAUGGGUCUCAUGAUAUCCACAAGUGUGCAGAGGUGACAGAGCGUUUCCUUGCAGCUUGCUACAAAGCCCUGAGUGAUCACCAUGUGAUGCUUGAAGGAACGCUUCUGAAACCAAACAUGGUGACUCCAGGAUCGGAGAGCGCUAAAGUUGCACCAGAGGUCGUCGCGGAGUACACUGUCCGUGCCCUUCUGAGGACCGUGCCAGCAGCUGUUCCAGCCAUACUGUUCAUGUCGGGAGGGCAGAGCGAGGAAGAGGCGACAAGAAACCUGAAUGCGAUGAACCAGCUGAAGACAAAGAAGCCUUGGUCUCUGUCGUUUUGCUUUGGAAGGGCGUUGCAGCAGAGCGCGCUUAAGACUUGGGGAGGGAAGGAGGAGAAUGUGCAGAGGGCGCAAGAUGCGUUGUUGGUUAGGUGCAAGGCUAACUCUGAGGCUACACUUGGUACUUACAAUGAGCCUUCAGGUUAA